GAAAACUUGAGUGCUUCUGUCAAUCUCCAGGUUUUGGAAAUAACAGAGAAAUUUUCCAUGAUGGCUGCCUCCCAUAGCAUCUCUACUGACUAUGGAAAACUUGAUUGUAUCACAGUCAUAUUAAUGAGCUUCUUUUCCCAAAAUCAACCUGUGUCUUUCUGGAAAGCUUUGUUUUCUGUCUUCAACAAUGUCUUUGAUCUUCAUGGAGGAACUCUAAUGGCAAGGGAGAAUGAUCGUUUCUUAAAGCAAGUGACUUUCCAUCUACUUCGACUUGCAGUUUUCCGAAAUGAAAGCGUCAGGGAAAGGGCUGUUAUUGGGCUCCAGAUACUUGUGAAGAGUUCCUUCUAUUGCUUCAUGCAGACAGCAAGGUUAAGGGUCAUGCUGAUUAUCACAUUAUCGGAGCUGUUGUCUAAUGUCCAAGUGACUCAGAUGAAGACUAUCAGAAUGCUAGAGGAAAGUGGUGAAGCACGACGGCUUAGAAAAUCUUUGGAGGAAAUGUCAGAUGAAGCUAAAAUCCCCAACCUAUUGAGGGAGUGUGGAAUUUCUGAUAGUGCUCUGGUAACAAUUCCGGAAAGAUCGGAAGAGAACAGGUGGUCCUAGUCAGAGGUGAAAUAUCUCUCUGAUAGUCUUCUUCUUGCCUUUGAUGGAAGCUUGGAGCAUGCACUAUUGGGAUCUGUGAUGACUAUGGAUAGAUAUGCAGCUGCUGAAAGUUUCUACAAACUUGCAAUGGCAUUUGUGCCCGUCCCAGAUCUUCACAUAAUGUGGUUGCUACAUUUAUGUGAUGCACGUUAGGAAAUGCAGUCUUGGGCUGAAGCUGCCCAGUGUCCUGUGGCUGUUGCUAGUGUUGUGAUGCUGAUGCAGGCCCUUGUGGCUAGAAAUGAUGGUGUUUAGAGCAAGGAUCAUGUAAUUGCUCUUUGUAAAAUUUGCCCAAUGGUGAGCAAUGAGAUCACAUCAGAGGCUUCUACUGCUGAGAUAGAGGGAUAUGGUGCUUCAAUGCUCACAAUUGACUCUGCAGUGAAGUACCUUCAACUUUCUAAUAAGCUUUUCUCUCAAGCUGAGCUCUAUCAUUUCUGUGCCAGCAUUCUUGAGCUUGUAAUUCCAGUUUAUAAAAGGAGAAAGGCAUAUGGGCAGCUGGCUAAAUCUCACACAUUACUCACUAGUAUCUAUGAAUCAAUUCUUGAGCAGGAAUCAAGCCCAAUUCCAUUCAUUGAUGCCACAUACUAUCGGGUGGGAUUAUAUGGUGAUAGAUUUGGGAAGCUUGAUAGAAAGGAGUAUGUAUACCGGGAGCCCCGUGAUGUUCGGCUAGGUGACAUAAUGGAGAAACUUUGUCAUAUAUACGAGUCUAGGAUGGACGGCAAUCACACUUUACACAUUAUUCCAGAUUCAAGACAAGUGAAGGCAGAUGAAUUACAGCCUGGAGUCUGCUACCUGCAGAUAACUGCUGUUGAUGCAGUAAUGGAGGAUGAAGAUUUGGAAAGUAGAAGGGAAAGGAUCUUUUCACUUUCCACUGGAAGUGUCCGUGCACGUGUGUUUGACCGCUUUUUGUUUGAUACCCCAUUUACAAAAAAUGGCAAGACCCAGGGUGGAUUGGAAGACCAAUGGAAGAGGCGAAGUGUGCUUCAGACUGAGGGCUCCUUCCCUGCCCUUGUGAAUAGGCUCUUGGUAAUUAAAUCUGAAUCUCUUGAGUUCUCCCCAGUAGAAAAUGCAAUUGGAAUGAUUGAAACUCGGACAGCUGCACUACGAAAUGAGCUUGAAGAGCCUCGCAGUUCAACUCCCUCGUCUCCAGAGUCUACAGAGAAUUCUUCAAGGCAGUGUUGCUGUUCAAGUGAACAGUGGAGUCCUAAGUGUGUGUACGGCCUUCCUGUCUGGUAAGCCUGCCACGAGGUUGCGUUCACAGGAAUUGUAGCAACUCAUAGCUGCACUCCUUGAAUUCAUGGCUGUUUGCAAGCGGGCCAUUCGGGUACACUUCAGAUUGAUUGGAGAAGAAGACCAAGAAUUCCACACACAGCUUGUGAAUGGAUUUCAGUCCCUCCCUGCAGAGUUAUCUCAUUACAUCCCUGCCAUUCUCACAGAGCUUUGACAGUGUUUGGUAGACUGUAAUAUAGAGGAAUUCCACACACAGCUUGUGCAAUUUUAUCUCGCACGCAUUGCAUU